UCGGCUACGAGUAGCCGUUUCGUACCACAGCACAAAUCGGUUCCGUAUUUAGUUUCAAACUUUCCACCAGUCCAGCAAGUCAGAAAUGUCAGACCGCGCGGUAGCAACCUUCGAGAAACCUUUGCAACAUUUGAGCCUACCAGAUUGGCACUCUCGGUUGACUCAGCUGAAAAAUACGGCCUACAGCAAGCGAUCCGAUGCAUUCGAGCUGCGGCAUGACGCUAGGAAUCUUCGUAACGAAACUCGUAUCCAAUCCUACUGGGACACCCAUCAUAACAAUGAUAAAAUAUCCGACCGAGUGGCCGAACUGGAUCGCUGGCGGGAGACGAUGCGGAUUUGGCUGAAACGGGUGAAUGACGAAAUUUGCUCGCUGAAGGAGGAAAAGGCUUGCACCGAGCGGGAUCUGGAUUCGCUGAUUACCCCGCUGACCGUGGUGACCGAGAGUAUCAGCAUGCGUGACUGCCGGCUGGGGUCGGAGCUGACCUACGACGAGGGCGAUACGGAGCUGAAGAACGAACUGUGCAUUGUGGAGAAUAACCAGCGGCUGCUGCGGGACCAAAAUCAGGGAGCCUGGGAGCAGUUGAAUCGGCUGCAAGAGGUGAAGUUCAAGCUGGAACUGGAUUUGAACGAUAAGGAUGAGGCUCAGGCCAUCGAUCAACACCAGCUGGAGGUGGACCAGCAUUGUGCGGAUGUAACGUUUAAAACGGAUGCCACAAGGGUGCCGAAGAAUUCCUGCACAUACAGUAAUUGGUUGGAGUACUGUGAGGAACUGGUGUCUUUUGCCGAAAAGACUUUACAGGAUUCAGCAGCCGUACGUGAAUCUCUCUUCGCUACCCGAGAGAAAGCCAGGAACAUUCUUAAGGCCCAGCAGGAUCGAACCAGUCACACUUUGAGGAAGAGAAUCUUCGAAACGCAGCGUGCCCGUAACGAGCUUGAAUAUCAACAAGGAAAAAUGAAGGAAGAAAUGGAGAAAUGUGCCACCGAGAUUGAGACCUUAGAACGAGCCUACAACGAUAAGGUGGAGGCACUGAAGGUGGUCGAAACACGACUGGAAAACCGUGCCCAACGCUCGGGUAUGGAGCUGUGCGUCGAUGAGUCUUACCAUGGUCUCUGCGAUGAAGUGUACAAGCUCCGGGAUACCAUAAAAAUUCUUCGCGAAAAAAUUAACGCCACCAAAACGAUGUACACCAGCUUGCAUGAGCUGGCGAAAAAAGUUGACCAGGAUUUGGAAAACAAGCAGCAUUCCCUUAUGACCGACAUUCGAUCGGUGGAUCUUCGCGCUCGUCUAAAUGCUGGUGAAUUCGGUGGAAAAUCCACCCAAACCGAACGGAACAUUCAUCUAUCUCGGCUGGAGGACGAAAUUCCUAAGUCGUAAAGCUCACUCGCAGUUUGUGUACCUAUUCGUGCGGCCUCAUUCGAUCGGCACUAUGUUUAGCACCUUUUCACAUGCUUACAUUACCAAAUGGAAAUAUCAAAACAAACUUCAAACAGGUUCAUACACCUAUGUGCUGCUAAUUUUUUUCUUGCUGCAUGUAGCACGUCACCACUUUUACUCUUUUACACGUUUGCCCGGACCAGCCAGGCUUUGGUUGGGCUGUGGCAUGAGGCACCAAAAACCACAUUCGAUUGGGGCCCGCCAGAACUUAUUGAUCGUUAUUGAUUUUAACAGCUCACAACAUAAAUAAUCCAUCAUAGGUGUGCACUUUCGGUCGGCGUGUGAAUU